AUGUCCAUCUUCUUCUCAACCCCCGUCGACAUCGACAUCGUCCUCGACGAUCCAGAUGACCGCACCAUGGUCGACGUCAAGCUCGACAAGAACCGCCGCGAAAAGGCGCCCCUGUACAUGGACGGCGAGUCCGUCAAGGGCGCCGUCACGGUGCGGCCCAAGGACGGCAAACGCCUCGAGCACACGGGCAUCAAGGUCCAGUUCAUCGGCACGAUAGAAAUGUUCUUUGACCGCGGCAACCACUACGAGUUCCUCUCGCUCAACCAGGAGCUCGCCGCGCCGGGGGAGCUGCAGCACCCGCAGACGUUCGACUUCAACUUCAAAAACGUCGAGAAGCAGUACGAGUCGUACAACGGCAUCAACGUCAAGCUGCGCUACUUUGUCCGCGUCACCGUCUCGCGCCGCAUGGCCGACGUGAUCCGCGAAAAGGACAUUUGGGUCUACAGCUACCGCAUCCCCCCGGAGAUGAACAGCAGCAUCAAGAUGGACGUCGGCAUCGAGGACUGCCUCCACAUCGAGUUCGAGUAUAGCAAGAGCAAGUACCACCUUAAGGACGUAAUCGUCGGCCGCAUCUACUUUUUACUCGUACGCCUCAAGAUCAAGCACAUGGAGCUGUCCAUCAUCAGGAGAGAGACGACGGGCGCCGCGCCCAACCAGUACAACGAGAGCGAGACGCUGGUGCGCUUUGAGAUUAUGGACGGCUCCCCUUCAAGAGGCGAGACCAUUCCCAUCCGACUCUUCCUCGGCGGCUUUGACCUGACGCCCACCUUCCGUGAUGUGAAUAAGAAGUUCUCUACGCGGUAUUAUCUCAGUCUCGUUCUCAUUGACGAAGGCAAGUCUACACAGAAGCCACUCACCCCCUAUCCCCAUAUAUAUCGUACUAAUAUUCCCUUUCUCUGCAAUCUAGACGCCCGACGAUACUUUAAGCAGUCGGAAAUCAUCCUCUACCGCCAAGCUCCCGACGCCGCUCCCGCCAUAGCAGGAAUCCAGAGCGUACCUCCUCCCUCUGAAAACAAAAUCGCCGCUGUCCAGGCAUGA